AUGUCGUCGUUCUUUCGGAGACUAAGCCACCCUUCUUCCCCAGCGACAUCCGAUUCAGAUACAGAGACCAGAAAACAGAAUGGACCUACGAAAAGACGACUGUCGCUCCCGUCUAACCGCGAAAAUCACGGGAAUAACCCAAUAGAUGAUCUAUUUCGAAGACACAAUACACAUGACAACCAUCUUGGUCCCUAUUCUUCUGAUAAACGAGAGGAUCCCAUACAACAAGUCGAAGACCACGAGAGACCAGCUGUUCCAGAACACAGGAAGCAUACUGACACUCAAGCUCGAGAGAAAGCAUCGAAAACAAAAAGUCACUCUGGGCUACAUAUAUCUCAUUAUCAUGACACUGCUCUUACGAGAAAAGACCUUAUCGGCUUGUUCUCUGGAGCACCGUUUUUUCUCCUCGAGAAAGGCAAGCAUAAUCAUUACUAUCCGGAAGUUAUCUUUCCCUGGGACGAACAUGACCAUUCAAUCCUAAAUAUGUGGGACAGAAAGCGACUUCCCCAUGCGUCUUACACCCUAUGUACACUUCAUGCUCACCUACCAGUCCCAGAUGGGUUGGUAGUCAAGGGGGACACUCCGGUUCACCUAGAUGGUACCAGGCGGCUUGAUGCGCCAAAGAGAGCCACAUUUGAUAUUGGUGUAUUCGAAGUUCCAAACAUGUUGUCCAUGAAUGGGAAGGAGCCCGGCUCUGUCGGUUUCCGCCAUUAUCUUGAGCUUUCAGUCGCGGAUUCCAUUCGGUACACUGGUCCAGAAAAGCCGAGAGAAUGCUCUGAUAUACGGCGUGUUUCUCAAUUACCAGCCGCGAAGGCAUACAAUCUUCUGGGACAUUACCAUGAUUCCUACGCCCGUUGUCGAGAUGGUACAGUAUAUGAUAGGAAAAAGCUUCUUUGCGAGGGACCUUCCGCAUGGAAAGAAAUUGGGGUGCGAGAGAUUAAUCUCAAACACCUGGUAGACCGUCUGAAGACCAUAAGAAACCUCCGUCAAGAGAUAUUGUAUGGCGAGAAGGAAAGAACAAUAGCUGAUGUUGAAUCCCCGCGUGAUUUAUACAACGGUCUUUUUACAAAGUUUCUACAUACUCCGCCCCAUGCCCUAGUGAUGGAUUCGAGAGACAAGCAUAGCAUCAAGUCUCAAAUCAAGGUGCUGACAACUGUCCUGUCCACACGGGGCGCAUGGAUAGAUUUUGGCCUGGUUGAGUGGCGGCUUCGUGUUGGCCAAAUUCUGUGGGAAGCACUUCCACAUUUCGAUGGCGACUUUUUGGAACACGAUAUCAAACAUGAUGACACUCAAAAAUUAUGGAUUGAUCAAGGCUUAGAGCGCAAGUGGUUUCUCAUUCAAAUGCUCUUAGCGGGUGAGCUGCUUCUACGCCUUGAUGCUAUCGUUCGCUUGGGCAUGUCGCAGAAAUCUCGUGACCCGGCUGUAACAACAAUUGAUGUUUAUCACUAUCAUAAGUUACGAAACCAUAAGGUCGAUUGGGACUUGGUUGUGGUGCGGCGUUUCUUGGAUACUCUUGAUAUCAGCUAUACCCAUCCCCAAUCGUCAUCCGACAGUCUGCGAGACCCUGGAAGACCCCAUGAUAAGCAUCACCAUUCUUUCUUCGAGAAGUCAUUAUUUGAGAGCCUGACACGCAAGGCUCCAUUUGUACCGGAGUCGGCAUGGGAUUGCACGCUGGCUCCGAUACGUGUCAAGCAACAGCUGCAGGGGCUCUUUGUGUUUGCUGAAAACAUUGGGUGGCCUCGAAUUGACGGACUGAAGGAGCGUUUUCGCUCAAGGAUUGGGGAUGGAGAUACUAUCCGAUUAACUACGGAUAUAUAUCGCCACCCUAUCCAUCGCAUAUUGACAAACCGUUCCAUCAGACUGGGUAAGAAGGAAAUGUACGGCAGGAGUCCUUCCCGCCGGUUGAUUUUACUUCAAAACCCCCGAGAGCAGGACAAUACAUCUUCCUUGGAAAUUGGCGGCUGGCUCUCUCGCAGCUGGAUUUCUGGUUUUGUCAUUCCUGGCGAAGCAAUCAGUCAUCUACUUAUAUGUACCGUGCUGGAAAAUGAUCCAGAUGCAAUGGCGAAGCUGGGGCCCGUUGCUAAUCUUUACGGCGGAUUUUCUUACGAUGGAAGAAGUUGGUGGAGCAAACAGUGCAUCGUCGGUCGCGUGCUGUCGAGCUUGCAAGUUACCGAAGCAUGUAUCGCAUGGAUGAGCAGUCCGAUUCUCCCAGUCGAUAUGUCCACUUCAAAGGCCAUUGAGAAUACAUGGUUUGAUGUGCACGUAAAGGAAACACCAAAGGCAGAAGAAAGACCACGCAUCAAGCAGGGGAACGCGCUUUCUAGGGAAUCUACGCCACUUGGGAUGGGGAAGCUGUCAAGUGAGGAGUUCUCAUUGCCGGUGGAUAAAGCACUUGACGAUGAACCAAACGCCCAGGUCGAAUUUCAGCGACUAGAAUUCUCUAUCAAGGAACAAACAGAAGAAAACAGACAUAUUACGGUUGUUGAUGAGGCAUCCAUGUCGUUCAGUCUGAGAUUUGAUUCAAGCAACUCGCCCGCUACGAUUUCCUUCCCCUUGUGCUACAAUGCUCGAUUCAUUACAUCCCAUGAAUGUCGUCGACCAUUUGGGAUAGCAUCAUGUCAAUGUGCUCCUUGUCUACAAAAACCUCAGUCACCUAGCACACUCCAAGAGCACAGCCGUCUACCAAGCCAUCCGUUACACAAGUUUUAUUCGUAUGAAUACCUACCACUGCAAUCUUUGAACCAGAUGCCUGCACCGAAAAAAGCUUCCUCAACCGACGACGACCCCCACUCCAGCGACAAAGUCAUAGUCGUCGAUGCUCGGGGGUCCCGUGACAAGGAAACGUUUGUGAGGGCAUGGUGUGCUUCUGUUGGGGCCGACGCCAUCGUUGGCAGAAUAGGACGUACAUGCUUAUCUUGCUGUGUGAGAGAAGCUUUGGCGAUUGACGUUAGAGUUGUUAUCCGCGUGGGAGAUUGA